CGCCACUGCAGUCUCGCUUGACAGACAUCCAAGUCACUGAACAACUUCAUUUUCCGAUUUGCUCGCAACUCCAUCAACACCACCACUACCACCAUGCAGCUGCUCACGACGACUGCGCUCCUGGCCGCGAUGGCCAUGACCACAACCUACGCUCGGACCUGCGGGUCGCCCGAGUGGAACACGGACUUUGCCGGCAGCGACAUCUCCAACUUUGGCACCACCGGCGACUUUGGCAACAUGCUCAAGCAGUGCUGCGACGCGUGCACGGCCAGCAACACGUGCGUCGCCUACACGCUCGCCGACAACGUCUGCUACCUCAAGUCGGGCGACUUUAAUAGUAUGCUUGGUCAGUGCUGCGAGGCGUGCAAGAAGAACAACCAAUGCAACGCGUACGUCUUGUUUGAAGGCGUCUGCUACCUCAAGUCGGCGUCCAGCAACAACCUGUCCAAGACCGGUGCGACGGCAGUCGUUGUUGGCACGACGACGAUCGCGUCGUAAGCUACGUACACCAAUGCGUAUUCCGAUAGCACUCUGGUUUCCAACACGUAAAAUGGGCCAUUUUUACAGUUUAU